CUUCGAUGCACACCACCCCCCUCCCAAAAGCCCCAAUGGAACGCUCCAACCGGCGUAGUCUGAUGACGAGUGUGACAAAGAAACCGAAUGGCCGCUCACUCGUAACUUGCAAAGAGAGACACCAUGUCCUCAUGGCGGCAGCUGGAGCUUCACCCGAGGAUCGUCAGCGCCCUCGAGAAAGCCGGCGUCCAAUCCGUCAGGGACGCGCUGUGCAUGUCUGGUCCCGACCUGCAGAGGCUCACCUCUCUCUCGGCCUCCGACGUCCGGCGGCUGCUGACGGCCGCCGCUCUGCUCUGCCGGGCCCAACGACCGCAACCAGUUCUGGCGGCGGACCAUUCCGGGCUCAGACUGAGCCUGGGCUGCCCCGUGUUGGACGGGCUGCUGAGAGGCGGCCUUCCCGUCGGGGGGGUCACCGAGCUGUCUGGAGAGAGCGGCGUCGGGAAGACCCAGCUGGCUCUGCAGCUCUGUCUCUCGGUCCAGUACCCGGCCCGUCACGGGGGGCUGGACUCGGGAGCCGUGUUUGUGUGCACGGAGGACGCUUUUCCCAGCCGACGUCUGCAGCAGCUGAUACGAGAACAACGGCGUCUUCGCGCCGAUGUGCCCUCGCACGUGACCGACGGCCUUCAGUUCGGUGACCGGGUUUACGUGGAGCACGCCGCCGAUCUGACGUCACUGCAGUCGUGCCUGAGGCGUCGCGUCGGGCUCCUGCUGGCUCGCCAUCUCGUCCGCUUUGUGGCCGUGGACUCGGUGGCGUCUCUCUUCAGGUCCGAGUUCGGCCUCUCCGAUUGGCUGGAGAAAAGCAAGCAGCUGCUGACGCUCUCGUCCACGCUGCACCACCUUUGCCACCAGUUUAAUUCCGCCGUCCUCUGCAUCAACCAGGUGACGGACAUCUUCGGCGACUCCGAAGAACACAUGGGGCCUCCUUCCUCGACUGUGCGGCCGGCGCUGGGCUUGGCGUGGGCCAAUCAGGUGACGGUUCGACUGAUGCUGCGGCGUCUUCAGGGGACGGCGAGCAGGGGCCAGGAGAACAGCGCCCUCCGCAGAUUGGAGGUCGUGUUUGCGCCUCACCUGCCCCGAGCCGGACGCGACGCCGCCGUGUGGAAGGAGGGCGUCCGAGGACUGGACGGCGCCGACGCGCCCCUCGGCUGACGUCGUUUGCUUCGCAAGAAACGGAGCCGGACACGCUGACGUCUUUCCGUUCGAUCGGCGAUGCAAAACAAAAGACUUGCGCUGGACUUUUACACUUGACUAGUUGUUGCUUAUUCUGCCCUCUCAGUUUGAGUGGUGACAAAAAACA